GAUCAGAUAGCCGUCUAGGUAACUGUAAGCUGUAAGCUGAAGUGAUUCUCAGAAUCCCAGUAUAGAAUGGAUUCCAUGAGGGCUGAUCUUAUACGGGGUUUGGAAACUAGUCUCCCUACAACUUUCGACAGAGAACAUUUUGUUGCAUUACUUGUUAGUGGGGACGUCGAUGGAGCCGAGGAGUAUCUGUCUGUUUUCACCACACAGGAUUCAAAUUAUUACUCAAACCUCAUGUUCUACUUUGUUAAGAGGCAGAGAUUCUUCAAGUUUCUUGUCGAAGGUGAGAACAUAAAAGCAGGAUUUCUGCUGAUCUUUUCCCGACCUUAUGGGAUGAUGGAAAUGCCAAUACCAGAAACGGACGAGUUUAUCAGUCGUGAUAUCCAACGCAUUGCACAUGAAGGCCUUAAGGAAUGGGAGGAUGCUAGAGAUAACGGAUACACUUUUGAUAUCCUUUCGGUUGCAAAAUCUUUCACGGAUGAGAUGUUUACGAUGAUGAAUCAACUCAUUCCCAUGAACCCAGAUCUGCACAAGAAAGAAGAAGGAGAAGACAUAUCUUCUCAAAUGCACAAGUUACAUUUACAAGACAACCAUGCAGCUGUAGCCUUUAACGGUGGAGAGAUGAAUAAGGACAAGGACUCUCCCAAGUUGACCAUAUAUAUGGUUGCUCUACUGUAUGUUCUGUGUGCUGUGAAAUUAAAUUGGCGUAUUUGCUUAUUAUAACACAUAAAUAAUUAAGGUUCUUUUGAAUGAGAGUAUUAUGUCCAUGAAAGACACUUUUUUUGUAUUAGUGAAUCACACAUGUGGGGGACAACAUAAAAUAUUUUCAGGUUCCAAAUUUAGUUACAGA